AUGGCUGAUUGCAAAAAACAAGGUGAACCUAUCCGAGUUUACUUCACUAAUUGCUCAAUGCUUACGGAACAAAAGUGCUCUUCGCACAAUUUGAAAAAAAACGAAGGAAAAAAAAUUAUUCUCAAAAAUUUAAUUAUGGAAGACUUAAAAUGCAAUGGAACACUAGCGAAUAUUAAGUUCAAAGCCAAAAAAGUAAACUUUGUUGUAUUGUGUGAUGAAGACAAUAAUUACCAGCAAGUGCAACAAGGAGAUAAAUUCGAAUUGAUGGAAACUGCUUUUGAUAUUCUCAAAUCUCUAACAGUUAUGGCGUUGCCUCGAAAUCAAGCAAGACUAGCAACUAAAACGGAUAGAUAUGGCGCAUCUGAAUUUGGCGAAAAGCAAACAAAUCGAAUCAUUACCCUACAAUUACUGAAAAGCGCAGUAAUCAUUGGACUUUUACUGCUUGCAUCUACGAUCUUCGCUGCAUUAUUAGUCAAGUGUAUUCUUGCUUUGGUUCCUACUUCUCACAGUGUGUCUCAUCAGAAACAGUCGAAAUUUUUGAUGUAUGGAAAAAUCCUCGAACGACCGUUAAUUUUGCCACCAGCAAAGAAGCCGUUGGUAUUAUAUGAAAAAGCAAACAGUCAUGAAACAGUACCUUGCGAUAUUUAUUGA